ACUUUGCCUACAAAAAGUGACAUUCACUUGUCUGUUUCUCUCGUUCUCGUUUCUUUUCUCACACAGCAGACGCAAAGAAAAAAACAUAUAAAAAAAUGUCGACUCUCACACUACCUGAGACGAUCCCCUCUGUGCCGGAAGACUGCGAGCAACUCCGGAAAGCUUUCGAAGGAUGGGGAACAAAUGAGGGGUUGGUUAUCUCCAUCUUGGGACAUAGAAAUGCUGCUCAAAGAAAGUUGAUUCGGCAAACUUAUGCUGAAACUUAUGGAGAAGAUCUCCUCAAAGCAUUGAACAAAGAACUUACAAAUGACUUUGAGAGAGUGGUAGUGCUCUGGACACUUGAUCCCGCUGAACGUGAUGCACUUUUGGCCAAUGAAGCAACAAAGAGGUGGACUUCAAGCAAUCAGGUUCUUGUGGAAAUAGCGUGCACGAGAUCUUCACAUGAUCUACUUCUGGUAAGGCAGGCUUAUCAUGCUCGGUAUAAGAAAUCUCUUGAAGAGGAUGUUGCAUACCACACAACUGGGGAUUUCUGCAAGCUUUUGGUGCCUCUUGUAAGCUCAUACCGAUAUGAGGGAGAUGAAGUGAACAUGACUCUGGCUAAGUCAGAGGCUAAAAUACUCCACGAGAAGAUUUCAGAGAAGGCUUACAAUCAUGAGGAUAUUAUCAGGAUUUUGGCUACAAGGAGCAAAGCACAGAUCAAUGCCACUCUGAAUCACUAUAAAAAUGAAUUCGGAAAUGACAUCAACAAGGAUCUGAAGACUGACCCUAAGGAUGAGUUUCUUGCAAUACUGAGGGCCACAGUUAAGUGCUUGAAUCGUCCUGAGAAGUAUUUUGAGAAGAUUCUUCGGCUGGCAAUUAACAAACGAGGAACAGAUGAAGGAGCACUCACUAGGGUUAUCGCUACAAGGGCCGAGGUUGACAUGAAGUUUAUAAGGGAUGAAUACCACCGAAGAAGCAGCGUCCCUCUGGAUCGUGCCAUUGUCAAGGACACUAAUGGAGAUUAUGAAAAUAUGCUUUUGGCACUGAUAGGGCAUGGGGAUGCUUGAGCCAUUAGUCUCUGUGUCAUGUUGAAUAAUAUUAUUUAGUAGACUGUUAUACGACUGCCAUACAAUUAGAUGAUGUGGCAAUGAAAAAACAAGGGUUGAUUUUCAUUGUUACCUUAUCUCGGUUAUAUGACAGUCGUAUAACAAUAUACUAAAUAGUGUUACUCAUAACGAGUAUAUCUAAUUUGCGGUUUUAAUAGUUUGCUGUUUGUGUUGUGGUUAAGGUGGCCUUAAUCCUGUCAUAUGGUUGCCUCAGUUUGAGAACUUUUAUCUAUUAUCACCUAAAAUAAGAUAUGGUACAAUCUGCUUCCAUUAAACAUUAUAUGAGAUUAUCUUAAUCCUUUUA